CGUUCAGCACCGCCCCGCGCCUGGCCGAGCCGAGCCGAGGCACAUGGGCUGCGCUCCGCCGGCCUGAGCCCCCCGCACGGCCCCGCACGGCCCCGGCAGCGCCGCCCAUGCAGCUCCGCGCAGCCCCCGCGGCGACCCGGGCACGGCCCAUGAGGGCGGCGUAGCUCGGGCAGCUCGGCCCGGCCCGGCCCGGCUCAGCACGGCUCGGCUCGGCACGGCCCGGGAUGGCGGCCGGCGGUGGUGCCCCCCGCGGGGCGGGCGGGAGCCUCCCGGCCCUGCUGCUGCUGCUGCUGGUGGUGCUGCUGCUGCUGGGGGCGGCCACGGGCGGAGAGGUCAACGCCGAGGCGUGGCUGCGGCUGUAUGGCUACCUGCCCCAGUCCAGCAGGCAGAUGUCCACCAUGCGCUCUGCUCAGAUCUUCUCCGCAGCCCUCUCGGAGAUGCAGAAGUUCUACGGGAUCCCCGUCACUGGUGUCCUGGAUGAGGAGACCAAAAUGUGGAUGAAGCGUCCCCGCUGCGGGGUCCCAGACCAGUUUGGGGUCCAGAUGAAGUCCAACAUGCGGCGGAAGAGGUACGCGCUCACGGGGCGGCGCUGGAGCCAGAGCCAUCUCACCUUCAGCAUCCAGAACUACACGGAGAAGCUGGGCCGGUACCACUCGUACGAGGCCAUCCGCCAAGCCUUCCGCGUGUGGGAGCAGGCCACGCCGCUCGUCUUCCAGGAGGUGCCGUACGAGGACAUCCGUCAGAAGCGCAAGAAGGAGGCUGACAUCAUGGUGCUUUUUGCCUCCGGCUUCCACGGGGACAGUUCCCCUUUCGAUGGCGUCGGGGGAUUUUUGGCUCAUGCCUAUUUCCCCGGCCCGGGGAUGGGUGGGGACACGCACUUCGACUCGGAUGAGCCCUGGACGCUGGAGAACACGGAUGUGUCUGGGAACAACCUUUUCCUGGUGGCCGUGCACGAGCUGGGGCACUCGCUGGGCCUGGAACAUUCCAGCAACCCCAGUGCUAUCAUGGCCCCCUUCUACCAGUGGAUGGACACGGAGAACUUCCAGCUGCCUGAGGAUGACCUCAAGGGCAUCCAACAGCUGUACGGUACCGCAGAUAGGCUCCCUCAGCCCACCAAGCCCUUGCCCACCGUGACGCCCCGAAGACCUGGCAGGCCGGACCAGAGACCCCCCAGGCCACGUCCACCAGGGAAACCGGAGCGGCCCCCCAAACCUGGCAGCCCAGAGCGACCUGACCAGUACGGCCCCGACAUCUGCGAUGGGAACUUCGACACGGUGGCGGUGCUGCGGGGGGAGAUGUUUGUGUUUAAGGGCCGGUGGUUCUGGAGGGUGCGGCACAACCGGGUGCUGGACAACUACCCCAUGCCCAUCGGGCACUUCUGGCGGGGCCUGCCCGGGGACAUCGACGCUGCCUACGAGAGGCACGAUGGCAGAUUUGUCUUCUUUAAAGGGGACCGGUACUGGCUCUUCCGAGAAGCCAACCUGGAGGCUGGGUACCCGCAGCCGCUGGCCACCUACGGGCAGGGCAUCCCCUACGACAGCAUCGACACGGCGGUUUGGUGGGAGCCCACGGGGCACACCUUCUUCUUCCGUGGGGAUAGAUACUGGCGCUUCAACGAGGACACGCGCUCGGUGGACCCCGGGUACCCCAAGCCCAUCUCGGUCUGGGUGGGCAUCCCUCCCUCGCCCAAGGGUGCCUUCCUCAGCUCAGAUGCCUCUUCAACGUACUUCUACAGAGGCACAAAGUACUGGAAGUUCGACAACGAGCGGCUCAAAACGGAGCCGGGCUAUCCCAAAUCCAUCCUGCGGGACUUCAUGGGCUGCCAGGUGGAGCUGGUCCCAGACCCCAACCCCCGGUGGCCUGACGUCGACCAGCCUCCCUUCAACCCCGAUGGGGGAUGAGAACCCGGAGGGCGGUCCGAAGGCGAGGAGGAGGAUGAGGAGGAGGAAGAGGAGGACGAGGAGGAUUACAGCGAGGGCGGCCGCAAGCAGGGCGGGGACGUGGACGUGGUGGUGCAGAUUGACGAGUACACGCGCACCAUGAGCGUCGUGAUGGUGCUGGUGCUGCUGGUGCUGCUGCUCUGCAUCCUCGGCCUCAUCUACGUCAUCGUGCAGAUGCAGAGGAAGGGCACGCCCCGAAUGCUCUUGUACUGCAAGCGCUCCUUGCAGGAGUGGGUCUGACCCCCAUCUUCCCCCACCCUCUGCCACCAUGGUGCUAACGACGAGCCUGCCCUGCCCCUCCCCAGCAGCCUAUUUAUACCCAGAGGUUCGUCCCACUCCCCCCUCGCCCCCGUGCACUGCCGCUGCUUGGUGUCCCCAGCCCCAGCAGGGGGAUCCCCACCUGCCCCAGCCUAGGGUGAGGGGUGUCCCUGAGCCCCCCGUUGUCUGCGCAACCCGGUUCCACACCUGGUCUGGGGCUGGAGGAUGUCUGAGGAGCUGGGGGCAGCAGGGCUGGACGGAACCCAUGUCCCGCAGGCUGGUGGGGUGCCCCCCUCCCUCACGACACCCUUGCCAGCAGCUCAGGCUGCUCCAGAGGAGGGUGUCCCCCAUCGCCCUGUGCCUCUGCCCUGGCAGGUCUGCGUUCCCCAGCGUGCAUCCAGCUGCUGAGUUGUGGACAGUGCCUGUGGGAGUGAUAGGAGAGGUGGGAAUGUGCCUGGCACUGCAUGCCCAGUCCCCCAGCGGGCAGCUCUCGGCAGCAAGUGGCCGUGGAGCCGCUGGGACCUGUGGCCUGGCAGUGAGGGGAAGGGAGGGCUGAGCACGGCCACGCUCCCUUCCACAGCCUGGGGGGGGGGGACGCAGUGCCUAAAGAUAGCACGGAGCUCGGGAAACCCAACACGGAAGGCAGGUGCCAGGCCGGGCUCCCUUCCCGUAGGGUCUUUGGCUGGCGUGAGGAGCGGGGUGCUGCCUCCGCAACCCCCUUGGCUCAGCUCGGUCCCUUCCUCCCGCUUCGGCUGUCAGCCCAGGUCCCUGCUGCUGCAGGAUGAAGCCCUCGGGGCGUGCGCUCCCCUUCCUGGGGUGCCAGCCUCCCCUGGCCCCGCGGGCAGGGGUGCCUUGUACUUGUAUUAAAUGGGUUGGGUGCGAGGAGA